AUGACAAAAGGCAAGCAAUCGCUACAGAGCAGUCGCCGUCGCCCUACUUUAGCCUCCACAACUUCUUCAGUUUCUGGAAAAUUAAAAAAUCAAAAUUUAAAUUUAAAUAAAUCCCAAUCUUUUUUAAAUAAUUUUAAUUUAAGAAAGGACAUUUCUUCCCAACUUAAUUUAAAAAAUUCCAAACGUCGUGCUUCUUCUUUGGAAAAUUCUAAAGCUUCCAAGUCUGACAAUAAUGAACCUAGAAACUUGAAAAAUGUAGAAAAUAAAAGUUUGGGUAUUUUGUUGGACAGUGAAGGUCACCCUUCCAUCACUAACACCAAUUUUAAUGAAAAAUCCCCUUCAAAUCAGCCAACUCCCCAAUCCAAUUGUUCAUUAAUUACUUGUGUUAGACGCACACAACGAUCAAAUUCUGAAAACUCAAAAAUAGGGUUUCCAAAAAAGGAAGAGUUUGAAGAACAAAAUGAGGAGGAAGAAGAAGAAAAUGAAAAAAAAUCUGAUGAGGAUUUGGAUUUUAAACAUUUUGAAGAUUCUGAAGAGGAAGGGGAAGUUGAAAAAGAUGAGAAGGAAGAGGAGGAGGAAGAAGAUGGGGAGGAAGAAGAGAACGACAAUGAGGAGUCUAUUCAUCAUGUAUCUGAAGAGUCGGACGAAAAGGAGAUUGAAGACAUGGAAAACGAAGAGACCCAUUUAAAUGCCCUCUACAGACUUAUAUCCUCUCACAUAUUACGCCAACAAAUGUGUAAAGUGAGAGAAGAACGUGAUCCCUACAGUAAACAAAUGGUCGUUGGAAUAUUACAACAAGAACAACAGAAUUAUUAUUGGUGA